AUGGAUUUCUACAAGGAUAAAGCCAAGCUAAUUGAUAAGCUCCUGGAGGAAGGUCCUUCUUCCACAGAAGAGAAGGACGAAGCUCUGGUGACUUUAAAACGAGAACGUCAUACGCAUAGCAAGUUUUUUGCCUGCCAUGUUGUUCUUUUGGUACUUGUGCUAGUACUGGGAAUGUGUUUGUUUGCGCGGGUAGCCUACUAUGGUUUUCAAACCACGGGAUAUGAUCAGCAGUCACUGAACGGAGGUUUGUUUAUCCUUAUAUUGGGCCAUUCCAUUUACUGUCCGCCACCCCUUUAUUGAAGGUACUUUUAUAUUUACUCAGAGAUGCCAGCCUCGGCUCUUUAAUCCCGCCAUCACUACCAAAAUUUUCCCUUUAUCUCGAAAUCCCGAACGUUUUCAUCGGCCAAAUCCCGAUCCUGGUCACAUCAUUUUCCAUGGUCCACCUAAUCAGUACCCUGCUAGCAAAGUCGCUUCGAUCUUUCCUAAAUGAGUCGGGAAGGAGGAAGCGACUCUGCCGACAUCUUCAAGUUCCUUUGAUCUGUAGCCUCCCACGCAGACGUUCUUAGGGGUUCGUCACGCGUUCCUGCCCCACGAACGUCUGCUGAACCGAAAGAUAAAUUCCUGUCCCUUUGUUCGUAAAUAUCAGCUGGUGAUCACAUGCAGAUUAAUAUUAUAGGAGAUCCAAUCGGCGCUGUUGAAGUCAAAGUGUUGACAAGCCAAACACAUACGUACAAGCGCUGUAAAGUGUGAUGCGUGACCAAAGAUUUUUGCUCCGAACGAAAAUCUAGCAGAUAAGCGUUGGGUAUUUUUGUACCUUGUUCGUGUUCUCUCUGUAAAGGCUUUGGAUUGGAACAUUGGGGAAGUCAUUUGCUCAUAACUCCUCUUUUUUCAACUUGGGGCUUGCGCAAGCAAAAGGUUGCUUGUAGGACUGAACAAAAGGCAAAAUUUUUUUUACAGGUUAGUGUUUUGUAGUAAAGCCGACUUCCGUUCAGCAAAUUUCAUCUCCGAGGUAAUUUUUUUUCAAUGAGAUUGUGAGGGUAGCCACUAGUACGAAGGCUUGUGAGUUAACUGAGUAGUUUGUUCUAAAACUGUAAGGUCUUCACCUUUCAUGAUACCUUUCUGAUCUUUUCUGGAGCUAUAAAGUCAAGCGCGAAAUUUCUCAAGGACCAAAGUGCACUUCCCAGAUCUGGAAGUCUGCUGUGAUUGGUCUACAUUUUUUCCGCUCAAGUCAGCAGACGUUCGUGGGGCAGGAACGCGUGACGAACCCCUAAGAACGUCUGCGUGGGAGGCUGUUUGAUCUGCCGAUCAUCCAGCGAUUUGGAUGAGUCAGACAAGUUUCGUACUGGAUAAACCAGUUUUACCUGUGCACGCACGCAUAUUCUGGAGUUUUGCUGACUCUUUCUGCGCCCACGCUCCAUAACAAAACAAACAGCUGCCACUUCAAUUUCAUGCAGGAAUUUUGAGAAAAAUAUAGAUUGAACGUGCAGUUUUAGAAAAAUUGGAAAAUGCACCCAGACUUGAGAUGGAUUUUGUUUUGAAUUUAACCGUGUGCUUAGCCGAUUUUACUUGCGUGAACGGAUCCCCAAUCCAGUAACUGUUACGUGAAGUUCUUGGAAGGAUAAACAAAUGGGUUUUGAAUAAAAAUAUUUACGAAACAAUAUCAGUAUGCCUAUUCUUUGGUGUUUGCUCAUUCAUAACAUUUAUUGAGCUAUUUUGAAAAAAUAGCUCAUAUGUCAGUGGUGUGAGCGUAUGUAUCUUUGUGGCUUUGUAUCUUUGUAACUUUGUAACUUUGUAACUUUGUAUCUUUGUAACUUUGUAUGUUCGGAUGUUUGUUGCAAGAGCCAAUAAGGUUGAAGAUACUAUGAGUUGAUGCUAAGGAACCAAUGAGAUCUUGGCAUCUACUUAAAAAUCACAUUGCUAAAGGUCGAACAAGGGCACUUUAAGACCGCCAUCUUGAUUCUUUACAAUUUGUUCGUCUUUUAUUACGGCUACAGGUGUUUGGAAACAUUAUAUUAAAUAUCUUCAUGAUUCAAACGCUGUGUACAGUGAUGCAGCUGUUUAAGGGUUCAUAUUUUAGUGUGGAUGCUACUUCAAGACAUUUCUGACCGAAUUCGGCUAUCGCGAACGGUACCACGCACGUAUUUAUGAGUUGUGUUUCACCUGCUUCAAGGUAGAGCAUAAACGAUCAUAUAUUUUCAAAGCUCUUCCAGUGAAGCAAUAAUUGAUAUUUAGAUAUGGACUUUAAUUCGAAAGUAUGCGGCCUAUAAAUUGUGGUUUUAGAAGUUUGAAAAGCAGCUUAUUUUUUUAAAAGCUGUACCGAGUAUUGUUAAUCCUGUAAACAAGCUGUAGAAAUAUUAUUCUCUCGCUUACAAAGUUCAACAGACCUUUUUCGUUCCGGCAAAACAACAACAAAAAGGAAUAAUAAGUGAACAACAUGAUACAUCCUUCCUGCAUACUAAGAAUUAUAGUUAUUGAAACGUAUUUUAUUUAGUAAAGAUGCGUAUAAACUUAAGUAGAAACAGUAGCGUUAGGGAAUAAAAUUGGAAGAAGCUAGUUGACACAAUAAUUAGUUACUGCUUUAUUGAGUGGAGUAACAUGAUAUGAGCAGAAAUAUAUUUCGGCAGUUUGAUAAUUUUCUUGGAAGUUAAUCAAUGUUAGGCUAUCAACCUUGACGUUGCAUGAAACAUAAUUUAAUUGCAGAUGUUGUAAUAAGGCCGAGGUGAUUUCUUAAAAUCGCUUGAGAAAAUUUUGUAGUAAACAAUUUGCGUUUUUUUUAAGUACGAAUUGUAAAAGGGCCAAAGACCAACAUCUUCACAUGCAAAUCGUGUGUAUGAGUUAUUUUUAUAAUUCUGUUUACUCGAUUACUGUGUGAUAACUCGAAUUCCCUCAUGUACGAACCACGGAAGGGGGCAAAGUCCAACACUUUCACGUGCCAUCUGUGUGACUGUACAUCUCAUGCAGAUUGGCUUUUCACAAUAGUAAUAGUGACUUGAACGUAUAAAGACCUGUUUCGUUUAGUAACCAAUGCCCUAAAAAGGCUCUUGUCUUUUAAGAAGCAAUAGCUUUUAAAACAUGAAGAAAUAAGUUGUCGGAGUUAAAGACUGUCUCACAAAUGUUAAUAAAUGUUAGGUUAUCAACCUUGACGUUGCAUGAAACAUAAUUUAAUUACAGAUGUUGUAAUGAAGCCGAGGUGAUUUCUUAAAAUCGCUUUGAGAAAAUUUUGUAGUAAACAAUUUGCCUUUUUUUAAUUUUUAACGCAUUUAAUUGUAAAAGGGCCAAAGACCAACAUCUUCACGUGCAAAUUGUGUGCAAGAGUUAUUUUUAUAAUUCUGUUUACUAGUUUAUUGUGUGAUAACUCGAAUUCCCUCACGUACGAACCACGAAAGGGGACAAAGUCCAACACUUUCACGUGCCAGCUGCGUGACUGUACAUCUCAUGCAGAUUGGCUUUUCACAAUGAUAAAUAGUAACUUGGACGUAUGAAGACCUGUUUCGUUUCGUAACCAAUGCCUUAAAAAAGGCUCUUGCCUUUUAAGAAGCAAUAGCUUUUAAAACAUGAAGAAAUAAGUUGUCGGAGUUAAAGACUGUUUCACUGAGUAGAAUCGCACGUGAAAACCUCGUGAAUUAUGAUGACGCAACCAUCUACCUCAAUGAUAAAAAUCCUGGUAUUUCGUAAUUAUUCAGUAUUCGAUGAGCCACAUUUUGGCUUAAGAAACUCCGAGGAAACCUUAGAGUUUUCCUUCUAAUCAACGUUUGGUGAGUAGAAAUUUAUUUUACUUUAGCAAUUUGUUUAACUUGCACCAGAUGUAACUGGGAAAGACAGAGGAAAGUGAAUACAUAGGUUGAGGAUCGACUCAGCUGAGCGUUUCGCGUUUUCAUUUAUGUAGCGCAAUACCCAAUUUCGCACAAAAACCAAACCUACAUUUAGGAUGAAAAAGGUAGAUUCAUCACUCUUGGUAAGGUUACACCGAAGUAUUAUAGUUACACUGAAGCAUUCAAAAUAGCUCAUGCACGUUGAACGUGCCUAUGUUUCAAAAUAAGAUCAUGAGGCUACAGAAUCCAUGUUGCAUUUAAAUGAUCGAUGCUUUUACAGCUGUUUUUUGGAUAAUACCCGACCUGUGAUGCCAAAAGCGUCUUUGGAUUUUGUGUUUUUCUGCAACGUCAAUCACAAUCUGAAGAAGCGGCGCUUUCUUCGCUUUCUGACCUUUACAUUUUAGCGAACCUCUUAGGAAACGAAAGGCCGUGGUUUAUUUGUGAUUUGUCACUGGUGGAUUUUGAUCCCUUUGGUGUGUCUCUGUGUUUGAAGGUUCAUUGCUUUGUUUUUGAAAAGCACCGUAAGUUUUACCUUAGUUAUAAGUUUUUUUAACUUCUUUAUACUGAAACGUGGCAAGGUUAGAUUCCAAAGGUGAAAUUGUGCCUAUAGAGCUUCCAAAUCCAGAGGAAACACAGAUACGGAAGGGUGAAAACAAACUGUUACAUUCCCGCUAACAUUUACAUUUGCUGACAAACACAGUGGAUGCUACGGUAACGGUUUGAUUGACGUCACAGACAAAUUUGAAUUUGGAGCAUGCUCAAUAUGAAUUAUCGAGGAUGUCGGCAGAGGUUCCUAAUCCUCUUCCAAACUUAUCUAGGAAGAUUGAAGGAGACUCUGUUCGCAGGGUACCUUAUCAGAAGAGUGAAAAAAUAAUACAGACACUUUUGUUAUUUCAUGAUAUGGUAAUAAGUACUGGCCCUUUUAACCCACUCGCUCCAGGAGAUUUUGCUGAUAAAGGUGUUUUGAAGCUAGUCGAGUGGUUUUCUGGUCACUGUUGUGCUACACAGAGCUAAAACUUACCACAAAACUGUUCACAGGUCGUACACUUCAUGGCCUUCUGAUCCAGAUGCAAACUAUUAGCUUGCAAAGUUCGGGCAUCUGCAGAAAGCAAUUGGGUUUAAAAGUGACACAACAGUUUUGACUUUUACUUUCUGCUUUCUCUGAUCCUCCCCUCUUUUUUCACUUUUCUUGCCUCGUUUUUUUUUUUCUCUUGCUGGGCAUUUAGUAGGCUUCAUUUUGGUGGGAAGAGUUUUAAGGAAAGUUUUUAGGAUCUUAUGAUUAGGUGAAAGGAAAGGUAGGUGGGCAAUGGAACAAGAUUUUCAUGGAGAUUUUCAGGUCAAUGUCACAUGGUUUUUGUCCUUCUUCCCCGGUGUCCUUGACUGAAUUGUGCUCAUUCUGGUAUGGUUUGAAAGAUCUCUUCACUCUGCAGAAGUUAGCAGACAAAGUUGCCCCUGACUGUUAAAACUGAUGACAUCACAAGCGGUAGAAAGGACGUGGAUCCGCACGGGCGGUUCAGGGGCAAAUGGGUUAAGCCAUAGGAGCUCAUAGGGUCUGUUAUUCACUGAUUUAAGUGGUUAAUUUAAGUGGUUAAAUGGGCUAAAUUUCAGACUAAAGCAUAGCUAAGCUCAAAAGUCCAUUUUAUCCCGAAGAUUUGGUGACCCGUACGGAAGAGCAGGAGAUCAGUGCAGUAUCUGGGAGACUUCUGGGUAAUCUAGGAGAGUUGGCAUAUAUGGGUCUUUGUUUCAGAAGAGUCAUGAAACAAUAUAGACACUUGUUAUUUCAUGACAUGGUAAGCCACAGGAGCUCAUUGGGACUGUUAUUCACUGAUUUAAGUGGUUAAAGCCACAAUUUAGCUGAAAUUUUUUACUUUUAUACCUGCCCACAUUUUCUCUUGGAACAACUGGGUGAAACUUGAUUUUUCUUUGGCUAUUUUUUAUUGUUUUAAUAUAGGUUAUUAUGAGCUUGAAAUCUUUCAAGAUGAGGACAAGCCACAUCACAGCACAAUGGAUAGGCCUCUACACCAGAUGAGGGGCAGGACUUCUAGUGUUAAAAGUUCUGCUUCUUAUAAUCCCCCUCCAAGAUCAGAAAAGGCAAAAACAGGUGAGUCAUAAAGAAAGGCUGUAAAAAAAAUCCCUGAGCCCCCGUGACGUGAUUAGGGCGACAUGCAUAUCUCCUUCUAGAGACUGCUAGUCAACCAUGUCUCGAGUUUAUCUUGGCGAAAAUUGCAUUUGGUCACGUUAAAAUUAAUAAACUCCCCUCUUUAAUAUUAUUUUUGUCUUCAGCAAGGUACAUUGUGCACAACACUAUCUGGGGAUCUAUCUCAACUAUCUCUGUGGCACUGAAUGGAGCUCCUUUUAGUGUGGUUACAUCAUUCAGUGAUGGGACUGUUGAUAAUAGCACAGGGAUACCAUACUUUUAUCUGUCAAAUUUUGACCCUAUAUGCACAAACAUAAAGGAAAACAACUGGGCAAGUCUGUCAGUUUCUGAAGCACAAAGUGAUUACUGCAAGCAACAUGACUGGGACCCUGAGGAACCACUUUGCUCUCGAGUUUCUCUCACAGGAAAGGUAAGUAAAUAUUGCAUUUUAAUGUUUUAGCCUAAGCAGCAAGACUCAUAAUCUGCAAGCAGGUUUUUUUCUUCAUAUUUAGUACACAAAACUGCCGUUGUGGUCCCAGGCAUUCCUAGUGGAGACCAUGGAAACUGGGAAUAAGAAUCGUUGCAUGACCGAAGCCAUGCAUGUUUUGCGAAGAAUGCGUCUGUCCAUGAAUUCUAUCACACUUGAAAGCAUUUACUACUUUGGAACACGUGAUCACUUCGGUCGUCGAAAAAAAAGGAAAACUUUAUUAGCAAAAGACUAACUGGUUGGGUGUUGUAAACUUUCAUUGUGAUGAGCAUGCGGUCCAUUUUUGGCAAUGAUCGAAAUGACAUGCCAUGCAAAUCCCUUUUUUGAUCUCUGGCAAUGACGUGAUUUCUGUGGAAUCAAGGCCCUUGAAUUUUCCUGUAUUUAUACACACGUACAGCCUGCGACAGCAGACGUAUAACAUGUGUACUUAAUCAAUUCAGAAACAAAUAAAAAGUAAAUCUCCAGAAGUAGCUAGGGAGUGAAAAACCUUAAGUGAGUAAAUCCUGUUUCAUGUAGAUUAAUUAAUUGCCCGCUCAUUUCUCGAUCUAAUCUCCAAGCAAGCGAGACUUAAACACCACUGUAAGAGUGUUCUUGUUGUAUACAUGUUCUGCUUCCAAGUAGACCUUGGCACAGUUUUGGAAGCCGUCUUGAUGAGUAGCCAACCACAUGAGAAAUUACAGUGUUUGUGUCAGAAUCUAAUGUGAAAUAACUUUCGUACAACGGCUGUCCUGAAAAAAUAUGAAUUGUACUGAGAAAAUUUGAGGACGUUACAUGCACUAGAACCACUUUUUAAAAUUUUUCUAUACAUUUGUCUGUUAACAUUUUUCUUCAUGCCGACUAAAAUUUCCUGGGAAAAUUGCAGACAAAAUUAAUAUGUGGAAAAUCUAAAGCAAGCGUUUGGAGAAAUUUAAGCACAGGUACGGCCCAAAAAAUUUGUUUGUAGAAUCACUUGCUGUGUAGCUUUAUUUUACAAUUCAUAAUGUUUGCAGAACAGCCUUUUUACAGAAAUUAUUUGACAUUAGAUUCUCGUACAAACACUGUGAUAUCUCAUGCGCUUGCUUACUCAUCAAAGAAGAUGGCUUCCAAAAUUAUGACAAGGUCUAUAGGUAAUAACAGCUCUUAUCAUUGAGUGUUUAUCAAUGUUUUAAACAUCAUGCAUUAACUGAAGGACUCUAAAGUUUCAUUCUUUCUUGUCUCUUAAAACUUAAAGCUUAUUCAUGUUGGCCCUGAUGAGAUCAAGUUUGCUCAAAAUGCUUUGUUUUCAAGACAUCCUGUGAUGAAAUAUUGGCCUAAAGAUCAUGGUAAGUUAUCAAAAAGUUUUCAUUCUUUCUUUAUACCUUUUGCACCAAAUUUCACUUCUUAUAGUUACUUUAUGAUCAGGGUGCAAAGAAAGUCAGUUUUACAGCCUGCCAAUUGUGCAAGCUAUAGCUAGCAUGUACUAGCCCACAAGUCAUUUUAACUAGCCCAAAAACCCUUUUUUAAUUAGCAGGAUUUAUUACAAUUCUUCUGUAACUUGAAUUUCCCCAAAAAACAGCACCUGCCUGUCAGGCAAGUUAAGAACAAAAUUUGUAUUUGUCACUAGCCCUAUAGCAAAAUCCCCUAGCCCCGGGCUAUCGGACACGACCUUCUUUGCACGCUGAUGAUUAAUUAUGUCUUUGCUGCCAUUGUCAGUGUCAUUGCAUAGCAUCUCUGUUUUUCUUAUUAUACUUUUUAUGUCAGUGAUGCAUUUACUCCGUCUAGUAACCAAGUUAUCUUCUUUUUACAGAUUGGCAGACACUCAAACUUGAAAUCGUCAAUGUCUGGUUGCAAGAUAUUUAUGGCCCGGCUGAUAUCAUUCCAGUGAAAGACUACCUGAAGGUCAAAUUGUAG